UCGCGCCCCAGUGUCAUGAGGGUCCCCCCCUCCCCUCAGCUGGUCCGGGAGGGGGCGCGGGGCACGGUUGAUGCUGGCCCAGGAUGGAUCAGACCUGUGAACUAUCUAGAAGAAAUUGUCUGCCGCCCUUUUCUAACCCAGUGAAUUUAGAUGCUCCUGAAGACAAGGACAGCCCUUUCGGAUGAUCCAGACUCCAGUGCCAGUACAUUAGGAAACAUGCUAGAAUUACCUGGAACUUCAUCAUCAUCUACUUCACAGGAAUUGCCAUUUUGUCAACCGAAGAAAAAGCCUACACCACUCAAGUAUGAGGUUGGAGAUUUGAUUUGGGCAAAAUUCAAGAGACGCCCAUGGUGGCCCUGCAGGAUUUGUUCUGAUCCUUUGAUUAACACCCACUCAAAAAUGAAAGUUGCCAAUCGGAGACCCUAUCGUGAGUACUACGUGGAGGCUUUUGGAGACCCUUCUGAAAGAGCCUGGGUGGCUGGAAAAGCAAUCGUCAUGUUUGAAGGCAGGCAUCAAUUUGAAGAACUACCUGUCCUUAGGAAAAGGGGGAAGCAGAAAGAAAAAGGAUAUAGGCAUAAGGUUCCUCAGAAAAUUUUGAGCCAAUGGGAAGCCAGUGUUGGCCUUGCUGAACAGUAUGAUGUUCCCAGAGGAUCAAAGACCCGAAAAUGUGUCAACACUUCAAUCAAGCUGGACAGUGAGGAGGAUAUGCCAUUUGAAGAUUGUACAAAUGAUCCUGAAUCAGAACAUGAGCUGUUGCUUAAUGGCUGCUUGAAAUCUCUGGAUUUUGAUUCUGAACAUUCUGCAGAUGAGAAGGAAAAGCCCUGUGCUAAGUCUCGAGCCAGAAAAAAUUCUGAUAAUCCAAAAAGGACUAGUGUGAAAAAGGGUCCCAUGCAAUUUGAAUCAAACAAUGAGGAACGGAGGGGGAAAAUUCCAGAUAGCUUUGGCCUAAACUUCAUCUCUGGGGAUAUAUCUGAUAAGCAGGCUUCUAAUGAACUUUCCAGGAUGGCAAAUAGUCUCACAGGGUCCAGCACUGCCCCAGGAAGUUUCCUCUUUUCCUCAUGUGGAAAAAACACUUCAAAGAAAGAAUAUGAGACUUCAAAUUGUGAUUCCUUAGUGGACUUGUCUGAGGGUACCUUGCUCUCUAAACGUGUUGGGGAGAAAAAGAAACUCCAGCCAGGCUUGGUGUGCAGUUCAAAAGUGCAGCUGUGCUAUAUCGGGGCUGGUAAUGAGGAAAAGCAAAGUGAUUCCAUUAGUAUCUGUACCACUUCUGAUGAGGGAAGCAGUGAUCUGGAUGCCACAGAUCAGAGCUCAGAGUCUGAUGACAGUGUCGUUGAAAUUACAGAUUCUUUUGAUAGAACAGAGAACAUGUUAUCCAUGCAGAAAAACGAAAAGUUAAAGCAUUCUAGGUAUCCUUCCAAAAAUUCUAGUGUUAAAGAAAAGCAAAAAUCUGUCAUUACUAAUUCACAUACAAACCACUUGGUGGAUUGUACUAAGACAGCAGAGCCAGAAACUGAGAUGUCUCAGGUUAAUCUCUCUGAUCUUAAUAUGUCUACUCUUGUCCACAAACCCCAGAUAGACUUUAGAAAUGAUGGUCUCUCUCCAAAAUUCAACACACCAGCAAGUAUUCCCAGUGAGAACUCACUAAUAAAGGAUAGAGGUACAAGUCAACUUCUAUUACAUUCAAAAAGCAAACAGCCCAAGUUCCGAAAUAUAAAGUACAAACACAAAAGCCCGGUUGUGGUAGAACCUCAAGUUACAAAUGAGGACCACAAUUUGAAAUACUGCUCUAGUGAAUCCAAAGGUUCUCCUUUGGCCAGCAUUCCUAAAAGUGGGAAAGUAGAUGGGAUAAAACUACUGAACAACAUGCAUGAGAAAACCAGAGAUUCCAAUGACAUAGAAACUGCAGUGGUGAAACAUGUUCUGUCAGAAUUGAAGGAACUCUCUUACAGAUCUUUAAACGAGGACAUCAGUGAUUCUGUAACAUCGAAGCCAUCGAAACCAUUACUUUUUUCUUCUGCUUCUAGCCAGAAUCAUAUGCCUAUUGAAUCUGACUACAAAUUUAGUACAUUGUUAAUGAUGUUAAAAGAUAUGCAUGAUAGUAAGACCAAGGAGCAACGGUUGAUGACUGCUCAAAGCAUGGCUCCUUACAGAAGUCCUGGUGGAGGGGACUCUUCUACCACUAGUGCUGUAGUGGCAUCUAAGGUUUUGAUUUCUGGAAGCUCCACUCAAAUUCAAGAAAAAAAUGGAGAUGGCUCUCAAGACUCUGGCCGGCCUAGUCCUGGUGGAGGUGACUCUUUGUCUGAGGAGUUAUCUGCCUCCCUACCUAGCUUAGCAUCUGACAAAGGAGAUCUGCCUGCUCCUGGGAAAAGCCGUUCGAACUGUGUAACUAGGCGCCACUGUGGUGGAAUGAAACCAUCAUCCAAAUUGCGGGAAGCAUUUUCAGCCCAGAUAGUAAGGAACUCAUCAAAACAGAAAGUCUUAAAGACUGAGCGGAAAAGAAAAGUGCACCGAAAAGUACACCGGCUUCCCGCGGUGAGACUUCCCACUGUGACUGGGGAAGUUACUCUUGAGGGAGACAAAGAGAGUGAAAGUACAGUGAAUGGCCCAUCCAGGGGUGGGGCCGAAGACCUUGCUAAAGAACCUCUUCAAUUAAUGGGCCAUUUAACAAGUGAAGAAGCCCAUUUGUCUGAUGCACAUUUUGAUAACAAGGUUCAACAGCCUGACCCCGACAAAAUUCCUGAAAAAGGACACUCUUUUGAGGAUAAGAAAGGCCCAGAGCUGGACUCUGAAAUGAAUAACGAGAAUGUGGAAACCAUUGGUGUACAUCUAGUGGUACCUAAAAAGCGGUGGCAGCCUUUAAACCAAAGGCGCACUAAACCUGGAAAGCGUACUAACAGACUACGGGAGAAAGAGAACUCUGAGGGUGUCUUUGGGGUCUUGCUUCCUGCUGACCCUGCAGUACCGAAAGAGCUAGAUGAGUGCCCAGAGCGCAGAACUCCUCCUGCUACGAACAUAAUUGAGGACCCCCUGACAGAUCCUAAUGAGGCGAGUCACUCAGAUUCAGUUGGGCCACCAGUGAAUCUUAGUGAUAAAUCCAGGACCAGCAUGGAGGAUGUGGAAAAGGAGCCAGGGAUUCCAAGUUUGACUCCACAGGCUGAGCUCCCUGAACCAGCUGUGCCAUUAGAGAAGAAACGCCUUAGGAAGCCAAGCAAGUGGCUUCUAGAAUAUACAGAAGAAUAUGAUCAGAUAUUUGCUCCUAAAAAAAAGCAAAAGAAGGUACAGGAACAAGUGCACAAGGUAAGUUCCCACUGUGAAGAAGAAAACCUAGGUCGAUGUCGGGCUAAUGUUCAAAACAAGCAGGUGGAUGAAAAUUGUUUGAUUUCAACCAAAGAAGAACCUCCAGUUCUUGAGAGGGAAGCCCCAUUUCUAGAAGGGCCUUUGGCUCAUUCAGACCUUGGAGGUGGACAUGCUGAGUUGCCACAACUGACCUUGUCUGUACCUGUGGCUCAAGAAGUGUCUCCACAGCUGGCUCUUGAGUCUGAGGACCUGGUUGUUAAAACCCCAGGGAAUUAUGAAAGUAAACGUCAAAGGAAACCAACAAAGAAACUUCUUGAAUCCAAUGAUUUAGACCCUGGAUUUAUGCCCAAGAAAGGAGACCUUGGCCUUUCUAGAAAGUGCUAUGAAGCUGUUCGCUUGGGGAAUGGCAUUUCAGAUUCAUGUACUGGAGCUCAUUUGAAAGAUUUUGGUGGAGGCACUACCAAGAUAUUUGAUAAACCAAGGAAGCGAAAACGGCAGAGACAUGUUACAGCCAAGAUGCAGUGUAAAAGAGUGAAAAUUGAAGACUCAUCAAAGGAAACUCCAAGCUCAGAGGGAGAACUGAUGACUCACAGGACUGCUGCAAGCCCCAAAGAGACUGUUGAGGAGGGUGUAGAACAAGACUCUGGGAUGGCUGCAUCUAAGAAAUUGCAGGUUGAACGAGGAGGAGGAGCUGCGCUCAAAGAGAAUGUUUGCCAGAACUGUGAGAAACUUGGAGAGCUGCUCUUGUGUGAGGCUCAGUGCUGCGGGGCUUUCCACCUGGAGUGCCUGGGCUUAACUGAGAUGCCAAGAGGAAAGUUUAUCUGCAACGAAUGUCGCACAGGAAUCCACACCUGUUUUGUAUGUAAGCAGAGUGGUGAAGAUGUUAAAAGGUGCCUUCUGCCCUUGUGUGGAAAGUUUUACCAUGAAGAGUGUGUCCAGAAGUACCCACCAACUGUCAUGCAGAACAAGGGCUUCCGGUGCUCCCUCCACAUGUGCAUAACCUGUCAUGCUGCUAAUCCAGCCAGUGUUUCUGCAUCUAAAGGUCGUCUGAUGCGUUGUGUCCGCUGCCCUGUGGCAUACCAUGCCAAUGACUUCUGUCUGGCUGCUGGGUCAAAAAUCCUUGCAUCGAAUAGUAUCAUCUGCCCUAAUCACUUUACCCCUAGGCGGGGCUGCCGAAAUCAUGAACAUGUUAAUGUCAGCUGGUGUUUUGUAUGCUCAGAAGGAGGUAGCCUCCUAUGCUGUGAUUCUUGUCCUGCUGCUUUUCAUCGGGAAUGCUUAAACAUUGAUAUCCCUGAAGGAAACUGGUAUUGCAAUGACUGUAAGGCAGGCAAAAAGCCACACUACAGGGAGAUUGUCUGGGUAAAAGUUGGACGAUACAGGUGGUGGCCAGCUGAGAUCUGCCAUCCUCGAGCUAUUCCUUCCAACAUUGAUAAAAUGAGACACGAUGUGGGUGAAUUCCCUGUGCUCUUCUUUGGGUCUAAUGACUAUCUGUGGACCCAUCAGGCCCGUGUAUUUCCUUACAUGGAAGGGGAUGUGAGCAGCAAGGAUAAGAUGGGCAAAGGAGUGGAUGGGACGUAUAAAAAAGCUCUUCAGGAAGCUGCAGCGAGGUUUGAAGAGUUAAAGGCCCAAAAAGAGCUAAGACAGCUGCAGGAAGAUCGAAAGAAUGACAAGAAGCCUCCACCUUAUAAACAUAUAAAGGUGAACCGUCCUAUCGGUAGGGUGCAGAUAUUCACAGCGGACCUGUCAGAAAUUCCUCGCUGUAACUGUAAAGCUACUGAUGAGAACCCCUGUGGGAUAGACUCAGAGUGCAUCAACCGCAUGCUGCUGUAUGAAUGCCACCCUACCGUGUGUCCUGCGGGUGGACGCUGUCAGAACCAGUGCUUUAGCAAACGCCAGUAUCCAGAGGUGGAAAUUUUCCGCACAUUACAGAGGGGCUGGGGCCUACGAACAAAAACAGAUAUCAAAAAGGGUGAAUUUGUGAAUGAAUAUGUGGGUGAGUUAAUAGAUGAAGAAGAAUGCAGAGCUCGAAUUCGUCAUGCCCAAGAACAUGAUAUCACUAACUUUUACAUGCUCACCCUAGAUAAAGAUCGAAUCAUUGACGCUGGUCCCAAAGGAAAUUAUGCUCGGUUCAUGAAUCACUGCUGCCAGCCUAACUGCGAAACACAGAAAUGGUCUGUGAAUGGAGACACUCGUGUUGGCCUUUUUGCCUUGAGUGACAUUAAAGCAGGCACUGAACUUACCUUCAAUUACAACCUAGAGUGUCUUGGGAAUGGAAAGACUGUUUGCAAAUGUGGAGCCCCAAACUGCAGUGGCUUCUUGGGAGUGAGGCCAAAGAAUCAACCCAUUGCCACUGAAGAAAAGUCUAAGAGAUUCAAGAAGAAACAGCAGGGGAAGCGCCGGAGCCAGGGCGAAGUCACUAAGGAGCGAGAAGACGAGUGUUUCAGCUGUGGGGAUGCUGGGCAGCUCGUCUCCUGCAAGAAGCCAGGCUGCCCGAAAGUUUACCAUGCAGACUGCCUCAAUCUCACCAAGCGGCCAGCAGGGAAGUGGGAAUGUCCUUGGCACCAGUGUGAUGUGUGCGGGAAGGAAGCCGCCUCCUUCUGUGAGAUGUGCCCCAGCUCCUUCUGCAAGCAGCAUCGGGAAGGGAUGCUCUUCAUCUCCAAGCUGGAUGGGCGUCUCUCCUGCACCGAGCAUGACCCCUGUGGGCCCAAUCCUCUGGAGCCAGGGGAAAUCCGUGAGUAUGUGCCGCCUUCAGUGCCGCUGUCUCCAAGCAGUCAUUUGGCAGAGCCAUCAUCAGAAAUGGCCGCUCAGGGGUCCAAGAUGUCAGACAAGUCAUCUGCUGGCACCAACCAGAUGCUGCCGCCCUCCAAAAAAUCCUCAGCAGGGACUUGUCAGAGGCCGGUUCUCCCGGAAAGACCUCUGGAGAGAACUGGCUCAGGCUCCCAGCUCUUAGAUAGGGUUCGAGAACUUGCUGGGACAGGGACCAAAUCCCAACCCUUGUUAUCCAACCAGAGGCCACCUGACCGGCCACCAGCAAUGGAAAGACCGAGACCUCAGCUCACCGAUAAGCCCCUUUCAGUGACUAGCCCGAGCCCCUCCCCCACAGCCAGGCCCCAGCCCCUGGAAAGACCGCUGAGGAAGACCGACCCAAAGCUGGAGAAAUCUAUAGGUGCUGCUAGCCCAAGGCUUCCGUCCCUGGAGAAAACCCCAGCCCCAGCAGGCCUGAGACUCCCCCAGCCAGACAGGCUGCUGGCCACCAACAGUCCCAAACCCCAGAACCCUGACAAAUCCCAUGCCUCCUUGUCCCAGAGACUUCCGCCUCCCGAGAAAGUUCUGUCUGCAGUAGUCCAGAGCCUGGUAGCCAAGGAAAAGGCUCUGAGGCCUGUGGACCAGAACACGCAGUCCAAAAACAGAGCUGCUCUGGUGAUGGAUCUCAUAGACCUCACUCCGCGCCAGAAGGAGCGGGCCACCCCUCCUCAGGAGCUCACCCCUCACGCCGAUGACAAGAUGCCAGUGCUGGAAUCCAAUUCGUGGCCUGCCAGCAAGGGCCUGGGGCAUCUGCCCCGCACCGGGGAGAAAAGCAGCGUGGCAGGCCCUCUUCUGCAAACACCCGGGAAACCGGCUGCACUGUCAGAGCACCCCUGGCAAGCUGUCAAGUCCUUCACCCAGGCCAGACUUCUGUCUCAGGCUCCUGCCAAGGCCUUUUUGUAUGAGCCAGCAACGCAGGCCUCAGCCAGAGUUCCCACCAGCAGCGAGCAUGCCCCAGGGCCUCUCAGCCAGGCUUCAGGCCUGGUGAAGCAGGUGAAGCAGAUGACCAGAGGCCAACAGCUCCCCGGACUUCCUGCCAGAAACGGGCAGUCCUUCAGGUCCCUUGGGAAGGCCCCAACAUCUCUCCCCGCCGAAGAGAAGAAAGUGGCCAGCACAGAACAGAGUCCCUGGGGCCUGGGCAAAGCUUCAACUGGGGCAGGCCUCUGGCCCAUCGUGGCUGGACAGACACUGGCACAGUCUUGCUGGUCUUCUGGGGGUACACAGACAUUGGCACAGACUUGCUGGUCCCUUGGAAGAGGGCAAGACCCCAAAUCAGAGAAAAACCCACUUCCUGCUCUCAACCAGCCCCCUUGUGGUCACAAGCGCGCAGAUUCCGAGCAGAAGUGAUGCCCGUAAGUGCCAGCUGACCAUGCGAGCUGCCCCGUACCGUUUGGGAAAGGGAAUCUUCGUUUCUUUCUUUUUCCCUCUUGAAAAGCAGACCUACCCCACCACCACUGUUAGUCCUUUCUUACCACUCAGCCCUCAGAACUCUGGUGACAGGAGCCAGUGUGGGCUUGUGCGCGUUUGAACCAUGUGUGGAAAUCAGCAGGCCCCGGCCAGAGACACAGACUUGUCUCUAUGCCCCAGCUUUACUAUGGUCAACUUAAAAUAAAAAGUCCACUGUGGAGUCGA